AUGGCGGAGCUCACGAAGCCGCCGAGAAGAGCUUCCAAUCAGGAUGAUGAUCCGCUCGCCGGUGCCGGAGGCGGUGGGGAAGAUGAGGAGGAGGCCGGGGGCAUUGCCAACAUGCGAGUCGUCAACCCCUCGAAGGUUAUCGGAAAAGGCCGAUCAGCCGGGAAAAGCCCCCACGCCACCAGUAAGCCGAAGAGGGUUAAGGGCGCGGCAGAGACGGAGGGUCAGGGCGUUACGUCAUGGUCCUCGGAUGACCUGAGGGUCAAGUACAGGGCCGAGCGGGAGAGGGAGGAGGCGUACCAGGCGUUCCGCCUCGAAGAGCAGGUUGCGGAAGCGCUCGAGAAGGACUAUGGCCAAGGAAUUCAAGAAAAAGAUAGCAGAACCUCCUUGGAACUAACGCUAUAUCAGAAGAAGCUAUCCUCACCCCCCCACAACGUGGACGUGGAGGUGGACCGGCACCCCCUCUACGUCGCGUACUACAACCAGCUGGAGCGAGAGAACACCCGCUGCCUGCUUCGCGCGAGCGCCCGCAACAAGAUGAAGCGCUUCAUCACCGACGUACACACGGUGUGGCUCACCAACCUCGCCCACCACCCGGAGUUUCAUCGGAUGGUUCGCGGUGCCACCGUCAGCCAAGAAGAGGGCGGUGUCGGUGCCGUUGAUGGUGGCGGUGUCCUUAGCGGUGGUGGUGAUCGUAGCGGUGGCGGCGGUGGUGGAGGUGAUAGUUGCGGCAACGAAAUCGACCAACUACAGGCGACGACGCCGGGCGCAACCCCGUCACGCAGGGGGCUGGAUGGCAGACGGGAUAGCGUCGCUAUCGCCGCGUCACAGUCGCAAAUCCAGUCCGUCCAGCCCAAGCGCGCCUUCCGAGGAGCAUUUUUUUACUCUGGCGCUGCUCAGGACUCCUCGUCAUCGCCAGGACAGCUAAGUUCUGAAACCGCCACAAGCUCGAACCGGCUAGAGGGAGAAGGGUCGGCAGGGACUCGAGGGGGGGCGACUCAAUUAGCGGCACAUAACUCUCUGACCGACGACGGGGCAGAAGGUGGGGAACCGCCCGAGCUUCCGCCCGCGCCACAUGUGUCCCCGGCGCUGGCCGUCCUAGCCUCGGAGCGGCGUCGCCUUGCCGCCGUUUCAACCGGUGACCCCGGCAGUACUAGACGAAGCGUUGGUGGCGGUGGAGGUGGCGCGUCGAGACGCAGGAGUGCCACGGGCGGUGGGGGAAAUGCAGGUUCCUGGUUCGACAUGUCCACGAGGGUGCUCCGCGUGCUUCGGUUUGCACCUCCACCCCCGCCGUUACCACCACCAGGCAUGGCAAUCACACCAGGCGAGGCUGGCGGCUCCGCUGACUAUGCUGAUCUAGAGCCUCCACACAAGAGCGAUGAAACGUUAGUCGCUACAGAGCAGGAGGAUGACAGAGGGGAUGCAACUGGACUGAUAGACCAACCGGGACCUGCAUCACAGAAGCGGCCGUCGCCACCGCCGCCGCCGCCGCCAGAAGCUACAUGGAUGAUUUCGAGUUAUCAUCCGUACGACGGGUCGGAAACCCGAGUGAUGGUCGGGGACGUGGCGGUGGCAAAGGUUGUAGGGGACGCGCUCUCCGCGCACGACCCUUUGUCGACGGCGGGAAUGUCCCUUUCUUCGCCGGGGGCUGCGGACGCUGCCUCAGCGUCGUCAAAGCAGACGAGAGGGGAGGUAGAAAGCGGACGAGCAACCGUUCCAUCAGGAAUCGAAUCCGCGGAGAAAGGAGGGCUAGGAAGGUUGCUGGUGCUGCGGAGGGGUGUGCGGGUCCCCGUGCUGGAUGAACGUGGUGGAGUCACCCGGAAAGUGUUGUCGAUAGUAGAGGUGAGCUCGUCGUCGCUGGCUGCCGUUGUCGCUCUUUUUGUCCCUGUUGUUGUCAGUGUUGCUGCCACCGUCCUGCUGUCGCUCCUGCCCCUGCAUGUCCCUUCGAUGCUUGGAAUCCGGUCGAACACACAAAACAAAACACAGGUGUUUGCCUCGUCGGCUUCCUCGGAAGGAGGAAAAACGCCUCCCAGCGUUACCGACACCCCCGUCGAAGACGCCGCGAAGGUAGCAGCCAUGACCGCGGGCAACGUCCUGCUAGAGGUCAUCGCGUACCCAACGGGUCUCUCCACUGCCCCGGAGAUGGAUGGUCGACAAGAGGGGCGAGAAAGCCUUCGGCACGAGGGCAGGCGGCGCGUGAUCCUGACAGCGGAGAGCUUGUGGCAGCGGCGACGAUGGCGACGGUCGCUGCGCCCGGGCGUUGCCUUGCCGUGGGACGAGCCUCCGCCUGAGGGGGGACCGACCAGCUGGUUGCCACGACCUGGAAAGCGUGACGAGGACGGUUCUCCUCCGAUCGAAGAAAGACGAAAAUUCGCCCGUCAGCAGGCUGAGGGGGAAGGAGAGGAGGAGCGGUGGCCUGUUCCGGAGUCGGUUCAAGGGGGAGAGGGGGCAACCGCAAGCGAAGGAGGGGGGAGGGGGGGCAGCGAGGGAGGAGGUGACGGCGACGCGGUGGGGAAGAAAAGUGCACACCAGCAGGCUCUUGAUGAUCUUGUGGACAUGGUUGCGUUUGGACCACCUUCGGAGAAGACAGACGAGUGCCAAGGCCUGUCUUCUAUGGCCAUGCCACUUAUUCUGGUGCCAGCGCAAAGUUUUGGACCAGAGGGGCAAAGGGAAACGGUGGUAUUACCUGGAAGAGAGGCAGCUCCAGCUUGCUUUGCAACGUCUACGGCGAUGGAUGGGUUGGCGGUGGCUUUGUUGGCGGAGGAAAGCAAGGCGGAAAUUCUCCUGUCUCUCGUGCGCCUGGGGAGCAGCGGCGGGCGGGGGCGAUCUUCGGCUAUAUCAGUGGAAGGCAUUCCUAGCACUUCCAUCACACCCGACAACGCAGAGCAAAACCUGGCUGAAGCGUGGGAAGAAGCAGCCGACAGGGUAGAGCCGCUUUCUAUGCGAGUCAGCGGGCGAAGAGGUCACAGUCGAGAGGUACCCGGCACGUGCAAUAUCGGGAAAAUGGGGGUUACCUUCCACUAUCCUCAGGCGCCCGAGCGCACAAGAGCUGUCGCAUCGUUUUUCCGCGACGCGUCCAAGUCCUCAAGCGACUCGGUAAUGGUGGUGGUCGCGCUCGCCCUGGACACGCCGAAGCUCACUCCUCUGGUGAUCGCGUGGGAGCGAGAGCCGUUCGAGCCGGAACCCGCUCCCGACGAGGACACCCUGGAUGUCGUGCCCCGAGUCAUGAUCCCGCCGGGAGUGGUUCUUGAGGAAGGGGUCGUUUCCGACCUCGGCGGCCACAUCGCGCCGGACGCCAUCGUCCUUACCAAAGCGGAAAAGAAGGUCGAUUUUUCUCCGCCGGAGGCCUUGGCGGGGGACAGGAGAGGUGGGGGCGGGGCGGCAGUGAAGCGUAGCCGCAAGGCCGGGAAAGAGAAAGAAUCGGUCCGACAUCGCAGAGACUGGAAAGAGGUGGACAAGAAGGGGUUUAGAAGGUAUGCUGUCUAUCAACUUUUGGAGCCCGACGGGUACAUGCAGACCCUGGGGUUCGGGGUCACCAAACGGGCGGCUUUGCCCAACACCGCGGCGGUGUGUGGACGCAGCACCUUUCACUCUGAGCAGCGGUGCACGGAGCAGCUCUGCAGACAGAGGACCGCCAAGGACUACGCGUACGUUUCUGCGAAUGACCAACACCGCGGCCCGAGCGAUCCCGGAAGCUACUCCGUGUCGUGCAAGCACGAGCGGAUGGCCGCCCUACUGCGCACGGGCCUGGAGCGCUACAACGCCGAGAUGGCCAGGGUGGCGGUCGAGAGGGAACGGCAGGCCAAAGAUGCCGCCCUACAGGCCAAGGUGGAAAUUGGCAAGGCAAAGCUGGCGGACCGGAGAGCUAGGGAGGAUGCCGCCACUCGCUCGUUGGCGCGAAAGACGGACGCCCAACACCUUAAAAUAUCCGCCGGGGCGGAUCGAAGCCGCCACAAGUGGGAGCUGCGGAUGCAAGACUCGCACGUCGUGGAAAGUCGGGGGCCUUGGGAGCAGCGCAAGGACUUAGGGGGCAGCGUGUUCUACUUCUGCAAGUCUGAAGAGGGCCUCCCGGAACCCUUCAGGUGGGACUUUUACAUCAGGACGUGUGUGAUCGCGAGCACGAGUGUACUGUGCGGCCGCGACAGAACAGGCCUGGGGGUAGUCUUGCACCCGAAGGUCCUCUCGCGGAGCAACUGUGGAGGUGGCGGUUACACUAACAACGGAGGAGGGCAUGUCGGCGACGCAACCCCUCGGCAGCUCACCGAAGAAGAGCAGCUCUCCCUGGCGGUUACCCGCCUAGCCGGUAACGAGAAGCUGCUGGAGGCGCUGGCCUGGCGGCUGGGGAUACCGCUAGCAGACGUGAGGCCUGACGGCCGAGAGCCACCCCUCGCCAGAGACGACCAAGAAGACGAGGAAGAACUGGACGAGAACAGAGAGCAAAUCGAGCUUGGAGAACACGACGAUGCUUCGGAUAGUGAAGGCGAGCAGGGCGACACGAGAGAAUCACCGGGACCGCUUCCUCAAGAUCACGCCGACCUUCGCCGGAUGCGCGUGGCAGAGCGAAGAAGAAAGGCCCAGGCGGACAGGGGACACGGCUACAAACAGCCCAAGCACUCCAUCGUACCGCGUCUGCCACUCACCGACGAGUCGCAAGGCGGUAGAGCCGUAGGCCUGGAGGGUGAGAUCGGGGGACUUGGAUGGAGGCGUUUGGCUAGGGCUGACCUCGGGCAAAAGUUCUUGGAGAGGGUCGUGAACCCAAGGAUGCAAGGACCUCGUCCAGAGGUCGUCAACACCAGCCCAAAGCCGCGACCCUCGUCUACAACCGACCCUUCGAACGCCACAAAACGUUCCGAGGACUGGUCCGUGCCGGUGGAGGCAAUGUUCGUUGGGGAUGUCGUGGCGGAACACGCCAGGGUCUUGCAUGAGGCAGAGAGGCGCAUGAAGAAGGAGGAGCUGGUCGACGACAGCUCCUCGGCGGCGUUCGACGCGGCGAAAUUCGCCGCCAAUGGACCACAGGAGUUCACCACGAUCGAGAGACGACUAAUGGCGCUGGCCGAAGACGACGGUCGUAACAAGGAGGAGAUCGAGGAAGAGGAGAACAAGGCCAAGGCUGUCAUCGCUGCGAAGACAGGAAAUCUUUCGGAACUGGAGGGGCUUUUGUACGAGAACGUUCCGCCGGACACGAAGGACUCCAACGGCAACACGCUGCUGCUCCUGGCUGCUCAGCAGGUUGGUGCUACGUCAACUUCGCACGGUUCUCGAAGCUUUGUCUCUUUCUCAUAG